CAGAGCCGGAGUAGCCGGGCACCAGAGCCGGUGGUGUGCUAUCCACCUGCUUCAGCACCGACGAGCCUCUGACGCACGACCUUGGGUGCUCGCGUCCUCGCCUCCCCCAACUCAGGCACCCUGGAGUCCUCACUGCCUCCACUUCCACAAGGGCCGGAGAUCUCAACGCCGAUGUGGACGCCGCCGGACGGUGGACAAGCCGUCCUCGAAUCCCUCACCCAGCUCCUGCUCAGCUUCUCCUCCUUCCCAACGCAAGAUCCUGAACUCUGGACAACACAGCAACAUGAGCAAUACGAGGUGGAGGAUACAGAUUCAGGAGAGAGGGAUUCGGGAGGAGGGACCUGGGUCGAGGCAGAGUAUCAAUGUCGGCCUCAGUUCACCACGGGAGCUGGAGAUGAGCAAGAGGAGGCUGUGGAUGGAUCCGAUGCCGAGAACAGAAUAAAUGGCGAUGUGGGGAACGGGAGUUUGUACCCAGAUGCACAGACGCAACGGCAAUCCAAUGGAGAGCAAGAAGAAUUCGAGAUUCCCACACCGACGCCGGAUGAUGAAGGAGAAACUGGGUCAGUAGCAACAAAGGUGUCUGUGCCGCUGUUUCCUAGAGGGAUGGAAGCAAACACAACCAACCCCAUUCAUUCUCAAAAGUCUGACCAGGACCAAUGUACAUGGAAGAGAAGGAUACGGCUUGGCAAAAUACCAGAUCAGAGAGAGCCAAAACGAGGAAGAGUGUGCGCGCUGGAGAAAGCAAUGCGCAGCUAUGUUGACUGGAAGUCAGGGCAAGUGGUUGCUCCUGAGAUUGGAUGAGAGUUCGACUCACUAGCAGAGGCAUUUGAGUUUUACAACCUCUAUUCCUGGGAGAUUGGUUUUGGCAUCAGAUAUGGUCAAUCUAGGACAAAUGCACAGAAGAGCAGAACAGUUCAAGACAUCGUUUGUGGUUGCGCGGGACGCCCAGAAAAGGAAAACACAAAGUCGGUGGCGUGCAACUGCCAAGCCUUGAUCAGGCUACACCGCACUAACGACAAUGGUUGGUAUAUUCAUGACUUCAGGUCUGAACACAACCAUCAUUUAGCAUCAUCAUGUGGAGAGAAACUACAUUGGCCAUCACACAGGAACAUUGACACACACACCAAAGAUAUAGUGAAGCAUUUGAGGAGCAACAACAUUGGCUUAACAAAGGUUUUUUGUGUCAUCGGAAGCUUCUUUGGAUCAAUGGAAAACGUACCAUUCAACAAGAGAUCACUCAACUACAUGUGCAAAAGGAUGAACCAUAAGGCUGCAGAUGAUGACAUCAGGAAGACAGUGGAACUGUUCUCUGAACUAAAGAAGAAUGACCCUAUGUUUGCUAAUAGUGUUCUUGUUGACAGCGACACCAAGAUCCAGGCCCUUAUGUGGACGAAUGGAAAGAGCAGAUACCAAUAUAGAAUGUUUGGCGACGCAAUCACAUUCGACACAACAUAUCGUACAAACCAGUACGACAUGCCAUUCGGCCUGUUUGUGGGGGUAAACCAUCAUUUCCAAAGUAUUAUUUUAGGAGGUGUUAUGAUGAGGAACGAAAAGGAGGAAACAUUCGAUUGGGUAUUCAAGGAAUUUGUGUCAUUGAUGGGAGGCAAGGCACCGGUUACUAUAUUGACAGACCAAUGUCGUGCAAUGGAGUUGUCUAUCGCGAAUGUGCUACCUGGAACAAAACACCGCUGGUGCAAAUGGCACGUUUUGCGUCGUGCAAAGGAGUUCCUUGGACCAGUCUACACAAUGAAUAGAGAUUUCAGGGAUGAGCUACACAAGAUUUUAGAAUACAUGCUCACUGUAGAUGAGUUCGAAGCAGCCUGGGGGAAUCUAAUUCACAAGUAUAGUUUGCAGGAUCACCCAAUGAUGACACAAAUAUACGAGCUGAGAAUGAAAUGGGCAAAGCCAUAUUUUGCAGGUGUAUUUUGCGCAAGGAUGACCAGCACUCAGAGGUCAGAGAGCGCAAACUAUAUGUUGAAGAAUUUUGUUCCUGCUCGAGCAUCAAUGCACAUGUUCGUGAAGCAUUACCAGAAACUUCAGUUUGACCGUGAUUCAGAAGAAAAUUUUGCUGAAAAGAAGAGCCGAUUGGCGGGCACAGUGUUAAAAACAGGUUUGACUAUGGAGAGACAUGCCGGGAAGGUAUACACGCCGGCAUUGUUCAAGCUCUUCCAAGAAGCAUGUUUUAAAUAUGCAUCCUACUUCGUCGAGAACACUUGCGUAGUCAAAGAUACAUACCGCGUGACACACCUUUAUGCCGAGCGUAGAGAAAGUUGGUCCAAGACUUCUUACAACGUCAAAGUGGCUCACCCUGAAAAUUUGUUUCAAUGCGAGUGUGGUAUGUACGAGCAUAUGGGUUUGCUCUGCUGCCAUGCAUUACGGUUCACGAACAUACCAGAAGCACACAUCAUGAGUAGGUGGACUAAAAAUGCAUGUGAAGAUCUACCAGAGCAUUUGAAAAUUUACAAGGGGCGCACACCUAUCCUUGAUUCAACUACAUUCAGGCAUACAACACUUUACACCACAGCUCUUGAUAUAGUAAAGAUGGGUGACAGCAACCCUGAGGCAUUCGCGUUUGCAAUGUCCAGAUUAUCUGAUACAAGGGUUGGACUAAAAGAAAAGGCAAAAGAGCAGGACGGCAAAGGACUUGAGGAUGUUCUACACAAAGAAAACUAUGAUUGCCAACGUAAAUUUAACGGUGACACUGGGCUCAAAUCAUCAAUGAGCGUAGAAUUUCGCAAGAGAGAUCGUGGCCGACCAACCAACUCAAGAUCUAGACCAGGAUAUGAAGUUAGUAAGCCAAGAACAAAGUUCUGCAAGACUUUCCGGGCAAAGGGACACAACUGUGGUAAUUGCCCAACAAACGGUGGACCAAACAAGAAGCAACGGAAGGAACCCAAGUGUGGUAAGUGUGGCUUGCUUGGUCACAUUAGGACACAAUGCAGUCGUGGAUUCGAAUCGUGGUUUCAAUGACGGAGUAAAACAAAUACCUGACAUCAACUUGAUGUCCCAAACAAUAUAAGGCAAUGCAGUGUUUACCACUUUUGGUGUAAUAUCGUAGUUGUAUUAGAUAUUGUGAGACUCAGACAUUUGUUACGAUCCAUUAUGAAGGUU